UAUAAAGACACACCGAAAACACUGGGGGAUAUUCUUAGUCUCACAGAGACGAGGCAAAGGAGGUUCACAGUUCCUGAGGCUUAGUGGCAAAGUUUUCGUGUUGGAGAAACAAACAUGAGUCACGUCGACGUGAAAAAUCUGAAGCCCACUCGUUUUGAAGACGAGUACUACGAUGAAUAUGAUUAUUACAACGUAACCGACAAAUACACGGAAGGCUCCGCCCGUAAAGGCAGGACCAAGAAGGAGGCCAGUGAGAACACCAACAGGCACAACCCGGGCGGGCAUGAGCGCAAAAUUGUGGAAAAACUCCAGAACAGCGAAAAGAAAGCCAAAGCGUGAAAACUGAAGGCAACUCGGACGGCUUAUCCUGGACACAACCACAGUCUCCUUGGCGACAGACGAGAUGCACAGACGGCAGGAGCAUCCUGAGCUCCGAUGGGCGAGGUUUAACCGGGGUGUGAAGAGGAGUCCGCAGACCCAGAUGUUCCAGUUGCAGCUUCAGUGAGAAGAUCUUCAUUCUCAGCAAGCAGCAGCAGACUGUGGCUCCUCAGCCUCUAGGUGGUUUAAAGCACUCAGUGGUGGUAGGGUGCACCGGGUCCCUGUUCAGACCAUGACAGUGCACCUGUGAUUAUGAUGCUGGUGGCAGUUGGGUGGUUUCUGUAUGUUAAUAAGUUUUCAAUGGAUUUUUAAAAAAGUAUUUACUAUUAAAUUUGUUACAUGA